AUGGCGGCCGCAAUUACUGCUAACAACUCAUUCUACGAUUUCACUACAGUUCUUCUCUCAACUGCUUUCUCUUGCAAAACCAACCCGAACCCAUUCAAGCUCAGGACCAAAAACAGAAUAAAUUGGGUCAUCGGAUCAGUCACGGAGGGCAAAGAAUUGGCUCCAUUCAAGACUGACCAUUCCGAUAAAGCCAAGAAGCCAAAUGCGUCCAAAAUUUCGGAAUCUUCUGGUGAUGAUAUGGGAGGUGGUGAUGAUGAUGUCAAGAAGAUGAGUAGUAGAGCGUUCAAUGCAUCUAUUUUUCUUGGAUUUGGCACACUUGCUGCGUCUAAGCUGCUUACAAUUGAACAUGAUUACUGGCAUGGAUGGACGCUUUAUGAGGUACUCCGAUAUGUUCCGGAACAUAAUUGGGUCGCAUACGAACAAGCUCUUAAAGCCAAUCCGGUGAUAGCUAAAAUAGCAAUAAGUGGGUAUGAAGGAAAGCCUCUUUUCGACUUCGGCCGGAUACGCCUGCUCAGAUCCGGCCUCGUUGGAUUUACUCUCCAUGGAUCCCUUUCGCAUUAUUAUUACCAAUUCUGCGAGGUAAUCGUUGCGGUUUUUAGUUUAUGCGUGUUCCGCUUUGAUUGUCAUGUUCUAUGCGAGGUAACCUAG